AUGGAGUUUCAUGAAAUAUUGGCCAUAGCUCAGAAAAGACAGCGUGAGAAAGACAAAGAGGUCAAGGAAAUUGACCACUGGGCCAAACUGAAGCGCCUGGAACGUUUACACGAAUUUGAACGGACACGACAAAACCACAUAUCAGAAAAGCCAACAGCGCUGAUUUCCAAGCCUCCCAAUAGGGACGAUAAGGAGACGCAUUCCACAUCUGAGAAAAAUGCCUCAAAGUCCAGUGGAAGUUUUCCGCCGCAGGGAAAUAAUAUUCGACCCACGAAUGCCUUAACUAAACGAUCGGUUCAGAACGCCAGUAGCAAUAAUGGCAUGGCUACCACGAAAAAGCUGGCGAAAUCCGUACAGAACUUGGAAGAUAAAAAACACCCAGUGUUACCUGCUACCACCGGCGAUAUUUCGAAACCUCAAAAACAGAAGAAAAGUUCGUUAUCGUUUGCGGAAUUGCUAGAGCUCGCUAAGCGAAACGAGACGGUGGAAACAAAAAAACAAGCGUUCGAUGAUCUUAUUCCAUGUAAAAUAAGCUCCCUUUAUACGAAAAAAGAUGCUGACUCUAAGAACGUUGACAUCGACGACGUCAAGCCAUCUCGCCCGUUGUCCGCAGAGAAUUUGAAGCCUGGGCACUCUCGUAACCCACCAUCCCUGAGGGGAUCAACGACUGCAGAAUCUCGAAAAGUUUCAAAAACAUCUCAGGUAAAGGAUUCAAUUAAGAUACCCAGGACUAGUAGUGGAACUACGAAGCCGUCAUCCAGUCAGUCAAACGCACGGACCGUCAGAAACGGUACCGUGGGCAGAGUUUCCAUGCAGGAAGUAAACGCAAAGCAUAGUGAACUUCGAAAACGUUCUGAUUGUGAAACAAAUAAAAAACCGCAGGUAACGAAAGUAAGUUCAGUUCACCAACCCAUUCCAACUCCUCAAUGUUCGUCUCGAAAUUCGGUCCCUCGAAGUGCUAUUGCAAUUCAACUUCAGUCUAGGGCGGUAAACCCUGUGUUGCCCAACGGAUCGGCAAAUAAACGUCCAGCCGCUCCCAUUCAAAAUACAGUUUCAGUUAAGAAGUCCGAACAAAUUAAUCCACAGAAACAACGCCCACCGCAAACUGAAGUUUCUAAUGACAGUCGCACUCGGUGCACUUCAUAUAUUCCUGCGUCUUCCGAUUUGAAGCCGAAAGUCAAAACACCACCUCGAGGUCCCGUAGUUCCUUCACGUGAAAGCGUCCGAAUUCCAUCAAAUCGUCCCCAAAGUCGUCCAUCUCCACCAGCGACAUGCCGUGCUACAGGAAUAGCCGCUCAACUUGGAGUGAGUUUGAGUCUCCCAAAGCGAGUUGAUGAUAGUGAACCCGAAUGUGACUACAGUGAAGAUGACUACGAGAGUGACGAUAGUUUUAUUGAUGACAGUGACAUGGUUGAGUCGAAAGAAUAUGCUCGCGUCGUCCGGGAUAUCCACAAGGCCCUGCACUUUGAUCCUCGAAAGUACAAAGAAGUUAAUCCUUGGGAUGAUUUACGCUCUAUGGAAGCUAAUUAUCGGGAAAUUGAAAAGGAAGAGAGGCGGAGAAACGACACCGCCUCACAUGGAGAGAACCAGCCUCUUCACAGCGCUGGAUCCAAAUUGAUCAAAUCGCCAUCAGUUACCGCUGGAAGGGGUCGAUUCAAGACUGCGGCUCUUACUGGUCAACACAAGGAUACGGACCACGAUUUGCUGCGAGCCAAAUUCGCCUUAAGUCUGGCGAAAGACCGCAAAAAAUCCACUGACAACGCAUACCCACGAUACCAUCUAAGCGAUUGCUGCAAAUCAGCCUUCAAAGCAGAGCCCUCGGAUCGCCUGUCAGUUCAACCGCCCGCCGAAGGAAUCAAUGAAUACUGA